AUGGUUAUUCCUGACAACUCCAAACUUUCACCAGUUGCGUCGCUUAUUAAUAAAUUUGAACAAAACCCUGAAGGAACGACUAGACGACGUUCUCUCAGUCCAGUUGGUAAAUUAGUUCAUAACUAUGGAGCAAAUAACAAUGGUCAGGAGGAAAAGCCUGAAGUGGGUUCAACCGUUUCAACAAUAACUACUAUCGUUGCUAUAGAAAAAAAUACUAAUCCUAGUGAAGUAAAAGAGGAAGUUAAUAAUGAAAUUGGUAAUAUUGAGAUCAAGGUGGAGGAAAAAUCAGCUCAAGAUACCGAAGUUAAAGAAGUUAUCGAAGUUACUGAAGAAGUUAUUGAAGUUCCGUUAGUGAUUGAAGAAGAACACAAAGAGGAAAUCGUCGAGAAAAAAUCAGAAAGUCAUUCAGAUACCGCAACUGAAGCAAAAACCACUAACGUAGCUUCGUCCUCCUCUGCUAAUUCUACUGCUCAUAAAAAAAAGAAAAUUGUAUCGAGCUCUUUACCCACUUCUAGUGUGUCUAAAAAAACUUCCACCACUACUAACAAAUCUUCCGCCAAUGUUCCAAAAUCGUCGACCACACAUAAGAAAUCUACCACUAAUAUUGAUAAAAGCAAAUUAUCCACCAGCACGGGUUCAUCAACCCAGCGUUCCAAAUCUCCAUCUUCAAGGUCUACAUCAACUACAACAAAAACGAAGUCUACUUCCGUCUCCACCACAUCGGUCCCCAAAGCUACAGUAAAAUCCUCCACUGUAAAAUCUUCUGUUCCUCCUAGGACGACGAAUGUUGGUACAAAAUCAGUUCCCCCCAAAGAUAAAUAUGUCGUUAAAAAAGAUGCAAAAGAUACUAAACCUCAAGAAAAAAAGGUUCGAGAGAAAAAAGAUUCUGAUAAGAAAGAUUUGAAAACCGCGGGAAAUAAGAAAGAAUCAGUUAAAGCUCAUGACAUAGAAUCUAAUACAAUGGAAGUUAAUCUAGUUGAUGUUAAAGUUGAUAAAGUUGAAAACACUGAAACUGAACAUCAUGAAGAGGUACAUGAAACUAAAGAGCAAGAAAUUCAUGUAAAGGAAGAAUCAAAUGAAUCAUACGAAUCAAAUGAAUCACACGAAUUACAUGAGAAUGCUAGUGAAAUUUCGGUCACAGAAUCUCAAGGAGAAGGUUCAGUUAUUGAGACACAUUCCGAAUCGGAUCACCAAUCCAAUGCCGAGGUCAAUACUGUUGAAAGUCAUAUUGAAGAGUCAGAUGAAAUUCAAGUGGAAAAAACUGAUGAAAGUCAUAUUGAAGAGUCGGAAGAAAUUCAAAUGGAAAAAACUGAUGACAAGACUGAACACGUCGAAGUGACUGAUAUUCAUAAUGAUAAAGAUAAAGAAGUUCAGGAAACUUUUGAGUCGACCACAGAAAUCACCACACACACUAAGCACAUAAGUUCUGAUUCUGUUGAAGUAACAACCAUUGAAACAGUCGAAAUUGAAAAGGAAUUUUAA